CUAUCAACAGAAAUCGACCCUCAGACUUUUUCUUAUUUUUUUUUUUGGAAGUACGCCCAAUACUAAAUUUAAUCCGGAACUAUCUUAAUCUUAAAAUAAAAACCACUAAUAAAUAGUUGCAACCAGAGCGGAAAGCAAGUAAAUACCAAUAAACUUGGCAAUUCACAUUAAAUCCACUCCGAAAGGGAGGAAAGUUAGAGGAACAUGAGCUACCAAGAUAUGUUGGGCUGCACUUUUGAAACGGAGAAUCGGGGCGGCAACUUUGAGUUUCGGUUUACGGGCCCGGAAUCCAUCCCGAAUGCGGUGAAGCGGUAUAACGCCCUACGAGGUGCCGAAUUGGCCCAACUGAAGCGUCAACGCGAGAUGGGCAGAUCCCAUGUGCCCAGCAUGCCGCGCUUCUGCAAGGUCCGUCGUCCUGGUCAGGAUGUGACCAGCAUGGUGACCUCACGCGACCUGGACGUUGUCACCCAGCUGUCCCUCGACUCGGAGCCCAUCUCCAAUGGGGACAAUGAUGAUGGGGGUGAGGAUGAAGAUGACGAUGGGGGCAAACAUGAGAUCCACUCUCCUCUGCCUUCAAUGCGAAUUUCUGGUGGCGCCGAAUCACCCAAAAGGGUGAAGAACAAAUCCAGGGGCAGGAAGAAGACCCACACGGGCAUUAGGAAAGUUCGCUACCGGGAUCCCGCCCAGAAUGGCCUUACCUUCGAGAGAUUGGAGGAGCUGCAUCGGGAAGUCUGCGCGGAGCUGGAGACCUUUGGUGAGGCCAAGUCCCUACCAAGUGCCAAGGCGACUCCGCGACCACUGGGUCCUAAGAAUCUUGCCAAGCAGCGGAGGAAUUGGGUCAAGAGGAGGCAGGAGACGCAGAAGAAGCCCCAGGAGGCUGAGGACUCCCCCAAGUCCCAGGAUCAAGAAGGCCAGGGCGAUAGUUCCCUGGCCGAUGCGGGUCAGGUGUCCUUCGAGGAUUACCAUACUCCGCAGGCCAAGUGGGUGGACAUUGUGCCGUCGGCCAUGAUGUCGCAGGCCAUGCAGGUGAAUGUCUGCCAGGCCCAGAAUGCCACGCCCCUGGCCGCCUAUAAAUUCAUGGAGCAGCAUGGCAGCCUGGAGCCCGAACCCCUGGCACCCUUCUUCCUGGAGGACAGCGAUCUGGAGUACGAGUAUGCGGAUCGCCAGGGCUACCUGCGUUACGUGGAGGCACGACCCAACUACACCUCCAGUGACUCGGACAACCCGGAUCAGAUGGCCCAAAGGAAUGCCACCUGGCCGAAUGUGGGCCAACCGUGCUUUGUGGAACUGGAAAGGCGACCAGAUAGAGUCAGCUUGCUGAGGAGUCUCUCACCGAUGCGGUACACCUCGCAGAGAUCGGAGGAGACCUUGCGCACCCAUUCGCCGGCCGAGGAGCAGGACUACAUGAUUGAGGAGAUCGAAGUGCCACCCUUGGAGCUGCGCAAGGCCGCGAAUUCCAGGAAGGCCAGUGGCCGAAAGCCGGUGGUCAGUGGCCAGAGAGCCAGCAAGUCCCGAAGGACCAAUGCCAAUGGCAAUGCCAUGGCCAAGGGCGGUCAGAGGAACCCGCCCAGUCCGAGGGCACGUCGUCCGGCCAGACAAGGCGGUGGCGAUGAGGCUGCUCCACCCAAUCCCACCAAGGUGCCCUCCACGACCAACAAUGCACCAGUGACCUCGCCGGAAAGAGCGAACAAGCGGCGCAAACCGAAGGCCAUGGUGGUGUACAGCAAGUCCCUGGAGGAUCUGAAGUUCGAGAAGCUGGGCAUCUACAACAAGAUCACUUUGACCCAAGAGCGGAUCAUCAGUGCGCUGGACAAGCUGCAGACCAGUCUGCUCCAGCUGCAGGUGCCCAAUUGCAGUGCGCAGGAGCGACAGAAGCGCCAGCGCAACGCCUUCGAGUUCUGCGUGCGCUUCUCGAGGAACUUCCUCUAUCCACUCAAGGGCAUGAUCGACGAUGUCCGCUUCACCACGGUGGCCAGCUUCAACAGUGCCACCUCCAACGAGGCCUGCCAACGGGUGGUCUGCGUCUACGGCCUGAUGCAGCAGUCCAUCCAGACGUACCAGCGCCAGCUGCGCUACUUCCUGCUGGAGAAGGUGCCCCAGAAGCUGAGCGCCCUCAUCGAGAUGAUCUACACGAUGACCAACUGCUGCCUGGACAAGGGCAUGCUGGACCGGCACGAUCCGGUGGUGGAGUGCCUGCAGGAGCGGUGCACCCGCUUCCUCAGCUUCAUCGAGGACAUGCAAGAGGAGCGCUUCAAGCUGGCCAGGGAGGCGAUGCGGCGCCUGCACAAGCAUCAGGGUCACCAGGGCCAUCAGGGUCACCAGUCAACCGGUGGCAGUCACUCGCAUCGUCGCAAGAAGAAGUCGGUGAAGGCGGUGAAGUCGGUGAAGUCCCCGAAGGCACCCACCCAGCCCAGGCAGGAGAAGUUGCGCUCCCACGAACGGUACGAUCUCAAGAUGUGUCUCAACGACCUCAAGCUGUACGAACCGCGUCUGGUGCCCAAGGAGCGUCAGCAGGCGGAAAAGCGGAAUCAUCGGGUGCGUCGUCCCAGGACCAGUGUCAAUCCCAAUGUGACCGCCACUUCGGCAGUGAUUGCCGGUGCCACUGGGGCACUGGGGGAACUGCCCUCCGAUCUGGAAAUGCAAUCCGUUGCGGGGAACGAGGUGCAGACCCAGAUGCAGUUGGCCGGCGAUGGUGGCACCACCAGUUCGCUGAGCAUGCUGCCCACUUUUGGGCCCAUGGGUCAGUGGCAAAAUCGAGGAAACGGGGAAUCGGAGACGCGGGAGGAGCAACUGCAUCGGGCGAUGCUGGAUGCAUUGCAGCUGGUGUCCCGGUCGCAGGUGCAACAGGUGCUCGAUCCACUGAUGCGUUCGCUGGGCGUCUACCUGGGCGAGAAACUCCCCCAGAAUCAAAAGCAGUAGGCUUUAAGCCUACUCCACAUUGUUGAUUUUCCAAAUUGUUAAAAUCAGUAUUUCCUCCAAUCGUCACCAGCGCCACUUCCUUUGGUGAAAGUGCGAAGCCAUUAAACUAAAUUGUUAAGUAGUGGUAGUGCAAAUAAAAUGCUAGUUUUGAACAAGU